AUGUUUUCGUGGAUUCUUUGCUGCUUCAGGCAGCGAGGGGGUGAUCCCCAACCCUCGCUGCCUGUCGUGGUCCGACCUGCCUCCUCCCUCUACUCCCAAGCAACCCCACCAAGCACCGUGGGACGGCGGGCAUGGUGCCCGCCGUCACCACCACCCGCCCUCCCGACACCACCACCACCCGCUCCGCCAACACCACCUCCUCUCCCUCCUCCCAGAAAGCCGGCGCGCCCGAGGAAGGCACAGCUCAAAUUCGCCUUCGAUACCACCAGCAGCGGCGGCGGGACGGUUCCCGCGCGGUACAAGAAGUGGGAUCCGAGCCAGGCCCACCCCUGGCGAGGGCCCACGGCACCAAUUCCUCCCGAGCAAUCGCCACGCCGCCGAGUGGCAUUGACAACCGCUGUGGUGCCGGACAGCAACAUCCUCAGUGCGCCCUCAGUCAAGAGACGGCCUCUGGCAGGUCACAGCCAGGGGUCGGGCUUCUCUCCCCGACAAUCGCUUUGGUGCCGGAAAGCAACAACAAUGCUGUGGUGGGACAGCAUCGACAAGGCUGUGGUGCCGGACAGCAACCUCCUCAGUGCGCCCUCAGUCAAGAGACGGCCUCUGGCAGGUCACAGCCAGGGGUCGGGCUUCUCUCCCGACAAUCGCCAUGGCGCCGGAUGGCAACCACGACCAGAGCUGCAGUGCCAGAUAGCAACGACCAGCGCUGCAGUGCCAGGCAGCACCCCUCAGAGCGCCCUCAGUCAAGAGACGGCCUCUGGCAUGUCACAGCCAGAGGUCGGGCUUCUCCCCCCCCGACAAUCGCUAUGGCGCCGGAUAGCAACAAAUGACAAGCACUACGGAGCCGGGUAG